CAGCUGAUAAGAUAAUAAUAUUUCACGAUCAGCUUUCCAAUACAUAAUUUAAAUUUAUGUCGCUAAAAUAGGACGUGAACAACUCGAAUAACAAUGUCAAUCCCAGUUAUGAAGGCCAGCCUUUCAUUGCGAAGUUUUUUCAUUUUUAAUUCACAGUUUGGUCCCAAAGAGGGAGAGGAAGAAAAAAAGAUUCUGUUUUAUCAUCCACAAGAAACAGACAUUGAUUCCAAGGUGAAAGAUGUGGGACUCUGUGAAGCAAUCAUCAAAUUUAGCAGCACAUUCACCAACGACGAAAGUGUCCACGCGUUGCACACCCAAAAAACCUGCCAGUUAUAUCAUCAGCCAGAACCGGGCUACUGGAUGGUAAUGAUACUGAACGUCCCUUUUGAGCGAAAAACCCGUGAAACAGGAGAUUACAACGAGUAUCAUGGUGACGAUAUUCACGACACGAUUUUUCAAGCCGUACUGAAGCAAUCCUACCGAAUGUUUCGGCUCUUCAAUGGAACUUUUGAGGAAAAUCUACGACCAGCGGAGGACUUGGUUGCGGUCGCCAAUCUGAUUGGACAACUGGAACAAUUCUUCACCAAGUACAUUCAGCAUUUAAAACUGAGGGAAUGUGACGUUUUAGACGCACUUGGUACCGUGCAGUAUCUUCCUCUGAACCAAUUGCUAUUUCUAAGGGUUCAGAAUUUCAUCAACAUGAUCGAAGCCACAUUCGAACCGAUUCGGCAAUGCAUAUUCCUCUACGAUGACCACAUUAUAUGGAGCGGGAUAAGCCCGGAAGAUUUGUAUACAAUUUAUCAGUACUUGAACGGACCGUUUUACCAAGAAGCAACGGGCCUGCAACGUUCAAGGAGAAUUUACAUCAAAGAAGCAGGCCAAGAAAAGGUUUUCAACUUCAUGGUUUGUCGAAAGGUGCAGAAUAUUACGCUUUGCUUGUUCCUGGACGAAGUCGAAAACGAGCAGGCUUUGUAUCACGAAUUGAAUGCAGUGAUAAAUCCUCAGCUUACCAGCAUUUGCUCGGAUAUAACACAGCAUCUAUCGCAGUCCACCGCUGAAAAUGGUUUCAAUAAAGAUGCGGAUGCUGCCGGCAGUCCUAAGUUCAUAUAUUUUAACGAACUUAACUUACACCAUCGAAGUUCGAUUCGGUUGGGUGUUCAGAAGAAGAACAAAAACGGCAGCAGCACCAUUCCAGAUGAUGUUCAGAACCUAAUCGUCGACUUGCUCGAUGGCUCAAGGCGAUCUGAUGAGAAAGACAUUGGGGAGGAAACCAUCGUUAAAACACACGACGACUAUUGGAUUGUGCAACGUAGCUGCAAUUCGAGACAUAUAUUUGUAGUGCUGAACAAAAGCUCGACGUUGAUCGAAGUUAGCGAAGAAACGAAAAAGAUUGUGGAUCAAAAUAUGAAGGGCGUGUUCUUUUGAAGAUACUGUUCCAGCGAGUUGCCUUUACGUACUGAGUUUGUGACGAAAUAACAUACUAUUUAACUGUAUACAUUACUAUCUGCAUUGUGUAUCGUAUAGCAAUAGCAUUGAAAU